AUGGUUGCGACAACAAAAAGGACGUGUCAUUCCUUGCAUACCACCUCAACCUCCUACAACCAACAAGGGAGCGAAGAAUGGUGUUCUUCCUUCGUCCAGGCCAGGUUUCGAGAUCAAAUGAAUGUUCUCCAUGUGAAGGAUGAGGUCGGAUCCAAUACCCAUAUGACGGUACAAAGGGCCGUGUGUAUUGAGUCGUACUCCGUGGCACUAAGGAUGAUCGCAAGCCCGAGGGAUCAUUUCAAAGAGGUAACAAGAGUAUUGGCCAGUGCGAUGUCUGCACGAAACGCCACAGGUUGUCGUCAACAGGAUGGACAGGACGCACAGGGCACAACACUGCAGCUUAUGGUCCGUCAGCCAGACGGAACUCCACCGAAGACUACUGGUUAUGGGCACUUGGGACAUGCGAGGUGCCCAACAUUGCUGGCUGUUUCAAGCACUGAGACCAUUGUGAGUGGAGCGCUAAGCUCGCCUAGAAACUUGUAA